CAGCCACAGCAGCAGUAACCCGGAUCCCCUGAGCCAUGGCGCUGUGAGAGCAGCACAUGGCGGGCGCAGCAGCCAUGAAUCCCCCAGUAAUCCAUACAACUCCCCCCUGAAGAGCCACCGUGUAACUGCAGCCGCCGCCCGCACCCGCUCACCCAUCUACCAACCAACCAGUACGACUUAGUUGAAUAAUAUUAGACCACCAGCACCAUCUCUGCCCAGCACUACCCAUCGCAACUGCUCCUGCCGCCUCCACGCCCGGACCGAAGACGCUCUUCUCAGCCAGCUCCUUCCCUGCGCCGUUGCCGCCACCUAAGUCCCCGCUAACAGCCAGCCCGGUACCACUGUCGCCAUGGGAGUGCAGGGCUUCCAGGACUACAUCGAGAAACACUGCCCCAGUGCUGUAGUGCCGGUGGAAUUGCAGAAGCUGGCCCGGGGCAGUCUGGUGGGUGGUGGUCGCCAAAGGCCUCCUCAGACCCCGCUGCGACUCCUCAUCGACGCCGACAACUGCCUGCACCGACUCUACGGCGGCUUUUACACGGACUGGGUGAGCGGCGGGCAAUGGAACCACAUGCUGGGCUACUUGGCGGCGCUGGCCAAGGCCUGCUUCAACGGCAACAUCGAGCUCUUCGUCUUCUUCAACGGCGCCCUGGAAAAGGCCCGGCUCCACGAGUGGGUGAAGCGGCAAGGCAACGAGCGCCAGACGGCCCAACAGAUUGUCAGCCACGUCCAAAACAAGGGCACCCCACCGCCCAAGGUCUGGUUUCUCCCGCCUGUCUGCAUGGCGCACUGCAUCCGCUUGGCCCUCAUCCGCUUCCACAUCAAGGUUGCACAAAGUAUCGAAGAUCAUCACCAAGAAGUAAUUGUUUUUUGCAGAGAAAAAGGCUUUCAUGGUUUGGUUGCAUAUGAUUCAGAUUAUGCAUUGUGCAACAUCCCUUACUAUUUCAGUGCCCAUGCCCUAAAAUUGAGCCGUAACGGAAAAAGCCUCACAACAAGCCAAUACCUGAUGCAUGAAGUUGCCAAGCAACUGGAUCUGAAUCCAAAUCGAUGUCCUAUUUUUGCUGCUCUUUUAGGUAAUCACAUUCUACCUGAUGAAGAUUUGGCUUCAUUUCAUUGGAGUUUACUUGGUCCAGAACAUCCACUGGCCUCUCUUAAGGUACGAGCACACCAGUUAGUUUUACCACCUUGUGAUGUAGUGAUCAAAGCUGUAGCUGACUAUGUCCGUAAUAUUCAAGACACCUCUGAUUUGGAUGCCAUAGCUAAAGAUGUUUUUCACCAUUCACAGUCUAGAACAGAUGACAAAGUUAAACGAUUUAAGAGAGCAGUUGCAUAUUAUUCAGCAACUAAUAAACCUAUGCCAUUUCAUCCACCACAUUAUCUAGGCAGACCAAAUCAAUUGGGAAUGCCGGGUAUAGUGCCACCAUAUGUGUCUCCUCAGAUGCUUAACAUUCCACAAUCCGCCCUGCAAGCAAAGCAAGCGGCCCAGCCUAUCUCUAGUCAUGGUAACGCCCAGGGUCAGAGCCCAUAUCCUUAUAGUCUGUCAGAACCAGCCAUCUCAUUGGACACAAGUGGAAAAAAUAUUUCUGAGCAGAAUUACAGCAACAUUCCUCAUGAAGGAAAACAUACUCCAUUAUAUGAACGAUCCUCUCCAAUAAACCCAGCUCAGAGUGGGAGCCCCAAUCAUGUUGAUUCAACAUACUUUCCUGCCUCUUCUACGUCAUCUUCCUCAGAUAACGAUGAAGGGAACGGAGGUGCUGUGAAUCAUGUUGGUGGAAACAAAUUGAACUGGGAAAAAAUAGGAACUCAGUCAGAAAAUCAAGUAUGUGGGGAUCCAGGAGACCAAACAAAGGUGGAAGGUUCCUCUACUGUUUCUUCAGGGAAUCAGGCAGCUGAAGUUAAAGGGAACCAAUCCAGUAGUUCACAAAUCCCAUGUCUGUUGUCAAUGCCCACCAGGAACCAUAUGGAUAUUACCACUCCUCCAUUACCUCCUGUAGCACCUGAAGUAUUAAGAGUAGCAGAACACAGACACAAAAAAGGGUUAAUGUAUCCCUACAUAUUUCAUGUCCUAACCAAGGGUGAGAUUAAAAUUGCAGUUUCUAUUGAAGAUGAAGCAAACAAAGACCUGCCUCCUGCUGCUCUUCUUUAUAGGCCAGUUCGUCAGUAUGUUUAUGGAGUCCUGUUUAGUUUGGCAGAAAACAGAAAAAAGACAGAGAGGCUGGCUUUUAGAAAGAACAGAUUUCCUCCUGAAUUCUUACCGGUGAUAAUUAAGGAAUGGGCUGCUUACAAAGGAAAGUCUCCCCAGACUCCCGAGUUAGUAGAAGCUCUUGCAUUUAGGGAAUGGACAUGCCCCAAUUUGAAGAAGCUUUGGUUGGGGAAAGCAGUAGAGGACAAGAAUCGACGAAUGAGGGCAUUCCUGGCCUGUAUGAGGUCAGACACACCAGCAAUGCUAAAUCCAACUAAUGUGCCCACUCACCUAAUGGUGCUCUGUUGUGUAUUAAGAUAUAUGGUGCAGUGGCAUGGAGUUCGGAUACUUCGUCGCCAAGAACUUGAUGCCUUCUUGGCUCAAGCUUUAUCUCCAAAACUCUAUGAACCUGACCAACUGCAGGAACUAAAGGGCAGCAGAGAGGAGAGAAUUCCACCCUGGACUUCAUCCAGUUUUUGGUGGGUUUAUUUAAAUCGGUAUUUUUCAGUCAGUUUCUUAAAAGUUAUUUGAAUUGGCCCCUUUUAUCAAGGAACCCAAAUACAGUUAUACCCAUGUUGUAGAAACCAUUGAUAUCAUUUUCCAUUCCCAAGGUUAUUUUGGGAAAGUCUCAUAUAAGGCAUAAUUAAUGUAUAAUCUCAGAAGAUUCUCAAAUUUAGAAAAUAGUAACAUUCAAAUCAUUUAGCAGAAAGAGUUUGUGAUUUUUUUUUUUUGUUAAACUAAACUUUUUGAUGAAGAUUUUGUCCCAUUUAUAUAGGUAAUUUUUGUUUUUGCUUGUCUUGCUUCUUUCUGUAGAACUUCCCUUUCCUCCCCUUCCCCACUUUUCUGUCUUUUUCUCAGCAACCGCUCACUGCUUUCCUGCUAACAACUUGUACUUCCUUAGGGAGGCCUACCUCACACCAUGGCUCUAUCGUCUGAUAUAGGCUAGCGUUGAAGACAGGAUGCUGGGCUAAAUUGAUCAUUGGCCAGACCCAGUAAGGCAGUAUUUGUAUUCUGAAUGUAAAUUACCCCAGUUAAAUCAGUAUGAGCUUAGAAUUACAGGUGAGUGACUUGGAAAAGAAUCAUACUGGAUGACAGUAAAUCUCAAAUUUUGUCCAACAAUAAAAGGCUGAAUUCAUCUUGUUGACGUACUUUCAUUUUCAAAAUUCAAGCAUGUAGAAUAAUUAUGUAUACACAGUCUAUUUUAUUAGCAAGUUAGGUUUGACAGUAAAAUACAUUUUUCGGUCAAUAGUAAUGCAUGCUAUAUAAUAUUUAUGGCAUGCUAUGCACAUCAUAUAGGACUUCAUUUUCAUAAUGCUACUGUAUUUAUUGCAGUUAUGACACUGUCACCAUAAGUUUGUUUAUAUAGGAUACAUUGGAAGUACCUUGAAAAUCUGAUCUAACUUCUCUUGUUUGGUAAACCCAUCCCUGACAUACAUUAAUCUACAGUUAAGAAUUUGAAUGUUCUGGCCUAAUCAGUUGUUCCCUUCAAAUGUAUUAGACUUCAACUACUUAUAUUUUCUAGAUAGUUUGAUCAGUGCCUAUGCUGGUUAGGAUGUGUGGAUGUUGAAGUCUAAAACUUUUUGAUAGCAUCUAGUUACUGUCCAGUUUCAAAACAUAGGCUGAUAUUGAUGGAUUGUUGUACCAGUGUAAAUGGAAUUAACAUUUGACAGGUGAAAUCCAAAUAUACACCUACGACAAUGGAAGAGUCUUUGGGCUGUUGGAAACCUUUGCUAAUGGAAGGUGAAAGGAACUGAUUGUUACCAUCUCCUGCUUCCCAAAGCUACUUCCCAUUCUGUACAAAUCCUUCAAUGUGUGUUUCCAGAGCUACAGCAAGGCAAAGAACAGGCAAAAUAUUUCCUUCUCUCUUUCCAAGAGGAAAACUUGAUAAUACAGUUGUUGAUUCAAUUCUGUAAACUAUAUCAUAGAUAGUUAUGGUACUCCACGCUACCAAUAUUUAUGGAUAUCUUCCUAUCUUUAAUUUUUAAAGGAUUCCUUUCAUUUUAAAGAAAUGACAGCUCCAGCAUUAGCUUCAUUUUUCUUAGGAUCAUGUCUCUGUCCUCCGUGCAAUCGACACAGACAUUCUUAGAAAACAAAAAUGUCAGGUAAAUGUAGCUCUAUGCUAAAUUUAGAUGUCUAUCUACUUGCUACCCAAAGCUACAGAGAUUUUGCAGACCAUACUAUUUGACAAAAUAUUUUUGUUUUGUUUGUGAUUAGGUAAACCCUCCUAUAUAGUAGCAGCCAUUUUAUAAUUAGGCAAAUCUUCACCCUUGGCACCCAUUUUAUAAAUAAGAAAGCCUCUACUCAUGGCAGCCAGUUUUUGAGAAUACAUGCAGCAAAGUUUCAAGAAUCAAACAUUCGCUGAACAACCUGAAAAACUUGCUUACCCCUGCAAUAGACUAUUUGAAUUCUUUCACAUAUAAAAUAGUUCUAAGCUAUUUUUCUCUUAUCUAGAAAAUCCAGUCAUAUCUUGGGCUUCCUGAGGAGUCUGAACAGUGGGUCAUCCAUCAGUUGUACUAAGUGACAGCUCCUCUGGUUUUUAACUGAGGAAAGGAGAGAAAUAAUUGGGUUUGGCUAGAACGCUACCCCAAUUUUCUUUUAUAAUAACAGUCUUGCUCCGUAGGCUUAAUAAAAAAUGUGAAGACAUGCAUUAUGUUUAUUAAUGUUGCUAAAUAUUGUACUUAAGAGACAAAAAAGGAUAUGCCUAAAUCUUUACUUCAGAUAUUUGCUAUUCUGUUAGUAGGGAUAGUGAUUUGCAUCAUUAAUUUCCAUAAUGUGUCUGUACAAGCUUUUUCUACAAUGAAAUCAAUUUAUUUUUUUCUUGCCUACUAAAGCAUUCUUGAAUUUUUCCUUGCCUUUGGGAUAUUUUCUUCUUCAGCUUUAUCACAGUAGCAGUGCUAUAGCUAAACUAAUCACACAACUGUUCAGGAUUGUCAGUAAUUGGGACAAAUUUUAUUCUUUUGAAAGAGGCAAUAGACAUGCUAUAUUCCAAUAACUAAAGCAAACAUGGGUGACUUUUCAGUAUCUAUAGACAGCAGGUAUUGGGAAGAAUCAAUGCUGCAGAGAACAACAUUGCAGAUAUGAACGGAACUUGUGGGGAGUUUUGAAUUCUUAAUUUUGUCUAUUUUAUGCAAUUUAGGCUUGUCUUUUAGUUUUCAUGUUUUGAGGCAUUAAUUUUCAGCUGUGAUGGUAAAAGUGGGUUUCGGUGGGUACAAAAAGAGAGUUUGGAAGCCUCGUGCAGUCCCGGUACUGCAUGCAGUCUGUCUAUCUUUAAAUAACGUAGGGCUCCUUCUCUGGUAGGGGAGGGACAAGCAUCUCUUCUUAAAGUCAGUCUUAUGCAGGAUUGGCAGAAGAGAGAGACAGACAUCUUAAUAACAUGGAUUGCUAUUUUAGAUGUGAAAAUGUCUCUUUUGUAAUGGGCUAGUGAUGGAAGAAAGUUAGAGGCACUGUUAAGUCAGGUAUGAUUCCACAGACACAUCCGUGUAUUUCUUUUGGCAAUAUUGAAAUGCCAUAAUGUCUUCCAUAAUAGUUUUUCCAGUAUAUCUUAUAGCUCUGGUGUAGUUUUCCUACUGAUUCUCUAUCUAGGUACUAACCAAUAUGAUUCUGCUUAACUUUGGGUGAGGGGUGGAAUUGAGCCUUAGUUGGCUAAAUAUUGUGAGUAUUAAUACCCAAUUUCCAAAUUCAUGUGCACUCACAGAUUUCUGUGGUAUUUCUCACUAAUAUACAGAGAAUAGCUAAGCAAACUGUAUGAUUUAUGGGCUGUUUCACAGAGUUUUAAGCAAAACUAACUGCUUAAGUGCAGUGACUGCAAAAAUUCAUGCCUGUAUCUUUUUAAAGGUAUUAUUUAAAUCUACUUUAACACUUUGUCUAUAGUUUAGUUUAAUUCUUUAAUCUUCAAUC